UCACGGGAAAUCGACCAAAGAGCAUACAAUGAUUUAAGAACGAGGAUUCCCCCAUGUUACAAAAUGGCUUCUGUGAGGAUGACAAUGCGCCGGCUGGCGUCUGCUGUGAACAGAAGAUUGCCACUGACAGCUACUCUAAACAAAGCAACACAUAAUGUGACACACACUCGCUGUAUGUCAGGAUGGGCUGACCUACCAGACAUCCACACCAUGUUGAGGAAGACGUGUCGUGAUUUUGCUGAUAAGGAGUUGAUGCCCAUUGCUGGAGAGCUUGACAAGGAACACAGAUAUCCUAAAGAACAAGUGAAGAAGUUGGGAGAGCUUGGGCUGAUGGCAAUCGAUGUCCCAGAGGUCUAUGGUGGAACUGGUCUGGACUACUUAGCCUAUGCUAUCGCUAUGGAAGAGAUCAGCAGAGGAUGUGCAUCAUGUGGAGUCGUUAUGAGUGUGAAUAAUUCUUUAUAUCUUGGACCAAUUAUGAAGUUUGGCAAUGAAGGGCAGAUUGAGAAGUUCGCCAAACCAUUCCUAGACGGUGACAGGGUCGGCUGUUUUGGACUCAGCGAGCCAGGGAAUGGUAGUGAUGCAGGUGCUGCCUCGACCACGGCAAGACUAAACGGCGACCACUGGGUACUGAAUGGCAGGAAAGCCUGGAUUACUAAUGGCUAUGAAUCAGAAGCUAGUGUUGUCUUUGCUACUACAGACAAAUCACUCAAACACAAGGGCAUCAGUGCUUUCCUCGUUCCCAAACCCACUGAGGGUCUCUCGUUGGGGAAGAAGGAAGACAAGUUGGGAAUAAGAGCAUCGUCAACGACGGAACUCAUCUUUGAGGAUUGCGCAAUCCCGAGGGAGAAUCUACUGGGUCAGGAAGGCAUGGGAUUCAAGAUUGCCAUGAUGACGCUUGAUGCUGGAAGGAUAGGAGUUGCGGCGCAAGCUUUGGGUAUUGCUCAGGCUGCGUUGGAAUGUGCAAUCAAGUAUGCAACGGAGCGGAAGGCGUUUGAGAAACCUAUAGCCAGUUUACAGCUUAUACAGAGUAAACUAGCUGAUAUGGAAGUACGAGUGGAGAGUGCCAGGCUACUCACAUGGAAAGCAGCUGCUCUCAAAGAUAGCGGCAAGAACUUUAUAAAGGAGGCUGCUAUGGCCAAGUUGGCUGCAUCAGAGGCUGCAACAUUCUGUGCACAUCAGUCCAUUCAGAUCCUAGGUGGUAUGGGUUAUGUGACUGACAUGCCUGCUGAGAGAUACUACAGGGAUGCACGAAUUACAGAGAUCUACGAAGGAACCAGCGAGAUUCAGAAACUAGUCAUUGCUGGCAGGAUGCUGAAGGAGCAUGCUGAGAAGAUGUAGACGAGUGAUCGGAAACAUUCCUUAGGCCGUGGCGGGACUUCGCAAGAUCACUUGUAAGGUCGUGUCCGAGACGGCGACUUCGACUACAGCUACAGCUAGAUCGCAGAGAUCUACGAAGGAACUAGUGAGACUCAGAAACUAGUCAUUGCUGGCAGGAUGCUGAAGGAGCAUGCUGAGAAAAUGUAGAUGAGUGAUCGGAAACAUUCCUUAGGCUGUGUCUGAAUUGGUGACUUCGGCUACAGCUACGGCUAGAUCGCGCGUGUCUCCUUAUUCUUCAACACUGGCAGGCGCGCUGACCUAGCCGUUGCUGUAGCCAAAGUCGUUGUUUCGAACAUGGCCGAACAAGUGAUCUUGCAAGUUCAAAACCUAAUGUUUGAAAACAGUAAAAACAUAAUUUGGUUUUUUUACGAUGUUCUUGUGACGCUGAUGACCGAGUGAACUUAAAUCUUAACUGGGUUUCAUUUUAUGAAUAUGUUGGGCUACACAAAGUUACUAAUGUUGUCCUGUGCCCAGAUUCAUAGAGCCGCUUAAGCAGAGUGCUUAAACAUUUUCUGCUUAGCAAAAGUAAGCAGGAUACCAGUCCAAGAUUGCACACAAGGCAUGCUCUUUUGACUGGUAGCCUUAUUCUGGUAAGCAUAUUUUUGAUAUGCUUAGCCAUUUUUGUGCUAACCCUAAUCACCUCAUGCCUUUCAAAACCCAUUGCUGCGUUUGAUUCUGUUGGGGGGGAGUAUCAUUUGAAUUCGGAAAGUCAUGUGUUAACCAAUGACCAAAUUCUCGUUGAACAAAACCAUGCAAGUUUUGAUAACAUGUUAUGGUAAGUUUGGUAAAUCAUAUGUUGCCUUUUCACCAAUAUUAUUAGUAACUUCCUACUCAGUUUUGAAUUGAAAAUGUGACACCCCAUUCAUAAUCAGGUUCUUGUCACAAAUAAUGACGGCAACCAAAACAUUAGCACUAGUAUAAGUAUGAUGUGAUAUUUUAAAGGGUCUAGGUACUUUUUUUGACACAAAACACAAUGUCCUCAAAUUUACACUAAACUUACACG